AUGGGUGCCGCAUACCAUAUUAUGGGAAGAACCGUUCCUUCUCAUUUCUUAGCGCUUGGAACUAUCGGUUUGGUAGCCUUGAUUGCUAUUCCCAAUCCGUUCUCCUCCAAGAAGGGAGAGAGCAUUGAUUUCAAUGCUGGUUCUAAGGAUGAGGAAAAAUUCAUCAAGGAAUACUUGGCAAAACAUGCCGGAGCACCUCACAAGCAGUAG